AUGCAGGACCCAGAGCCAACCGUUUUGCAAGUCGACGGAGUGUUUACUUUAAAAUUAUCACUGUUAAAGUACUUUUCAUUUGUAGUCAUUGGUAUUGCACUACUAUGGCCAUGGAACUGUUUUCUUUCAGCAUCAGCCUACUAUGGCCUAAGGUUUGUUAACUCGCCGUCGCUAUCCAAGGUUUAUAGCUCAACCAUGAUGUCGGUGUCAACAAUAACAUCAACUUUAUACAACUACUAUCUAUCUCAAAAACAAACUGGUGCCGACUAUAAGAAAAGAGUCCAUUUGGGACUAAACAUAACAAUCAUCAUUUUUGCAUUCAUGGCCAUUACAUGCGUGGUUCAAUUGUUUCUUGAUAUGAACGAUACAGCAUUCUUUCUCAUAAUUAUGUUUAUGGUGUUGGCUUCUGCUUCUGCUACGUGCUUGGCCCAGAAUGGUACUAUGGCCAUUGUCAAUGUUAUGGGAGAGAUAUAUGCUAAUGCCGUGAUGGUAGGUCAAGCAGUUGCUGGUGUUUUACCUUCUUGUGCCUUAAUCAUAUCAGUGUUACUCGUCGGAGACAACUCAUCCAAGCAGGAAAAAAUUGGCAAGGACUAUGGUGUGUUUGUGUAUUACAUCACAGCGAGCUUAAUUUGCAUAUUCUCUAUUGGAUUAUUGUAUUGGAUCGAACAUCACAAGUUAGGUGCAACAUAUCAGAAGGUGAGUUCUUCAAUGGAAAUGGGAGAAGAGACAUCAUUGCAAGUUGACCAAGAUGAACCUGACAUUGUUGAGGAUGUCCCGACCCAAAAACAGUUUAUACCUUUUUCUCAACUAUGGGCCAAGUUGAAAUUGGUUGUGAUGACAAUAUUUUUUACAUUCGGUAUUACGUUGGUGUUUCCUGUUUUUGCCUCGGUUGUGGAGUCAACGAAUACAAACCUGGAGCUGAGAUUUUUCAGCAAGCAAAUCUAUAUUCCCUUUGUUUAUCUCAUGUGGAAUUUAGGUGAUUUGAUGGGAAGAUUAAUGUGCGGCUACCCCCAGUUACGCAUGUUGAUAACCAAUCCACGAACGAUGUUCAUAUACUCGCUAGCGCGUUUGGCAUUUAUCCCCCUAUUCAUGACUUGCAACAUCCAUCCUGGAGUGUCAGCACCGAUCAUUAAUUCCGAUUUGUGGUACGUUUUGUUACAGACUUUGUUCGGAAUAUCCAAUGGGCAAUUGUGCACUUCUGCAUUUAUGGUGGUUGGAAAAUUAUGUGACUCUGAUGAUGAGAAGGAAGCUGCUGGUGGGUUUACUACAGUGUUUUUGAGUGUUGGUUUAGCUGUUGGUAGCGUGUUUAGUUAUUUAGUCGUCUUGAUUGUGGGAUGA